AUGCCCCUCCAGAAAUCCUUCUCGGAACAGAAUGGCUCUUCCAAAACCCGCCAGCCAUGGAGCAAAACUAGAAGCCAUUCAACCGUAAGCCAUUCAACUGCUACUCGAACCACGCGGAAUCCAGUCUCUAAGCCACUUCAGCCCAUCUCCGAAGUUACCAAGAAUAAGCUCAAUGCCUUCAAACGUUCGAAUCUUACCAAAACCAAUGGCCAAGAGGCCGACGUAUCUACCGUUUGCGUCGAAACAGCUUCGAACGCUGGCACUAACUCAGGAAUUCAAGUUGAGGAGAUGGUCAGCCUCCCCGCACCUAAAGAAAGUGCGACUACACCCGUGAAUCGACUAGUAUGGCAGGAUCUUGUUGGAACGGUCGAAGCCGAGGAGGAAGAGGAGGGUUCCCCUAAUGAGAAGAUUGGCUGGGAUACAAAAGAAGAUAUACAGCACCGGCUAAAGCUGUCCCCAGUAAUGCCAGGUAAGAGAGGGAAGAAGCGAGCGCGGAGUUCGUCGCCUGUAUCGUCACCCGCGUCCCACUCGAAGCCUCGUAUCCCAGCCGUCAACGUCGAAAAAUUAUCGCGAGCGCUUAAGUCCCCUCACGCCGACCCUGCACUGGAAUUGUGGGAUCGAUUCUCACUUAAUGGAUCAACGACUGCCGCACCGCUUGGGGUUAUGAAUUCCACAUUGGCCCAAAUUAUGGUCUCAUCGUCACCUCGACCGUCAAGGACAGCAGGCGAGGGUGGACUACGAAGAGCUAUCAGCUGUGGGGAAAACUGGCCCAAACGUCGAAGGGUUGAACGGACAGAAGCCGCAAAGCCAGUGGAAAUCAAUGUCGAGGAGAGCCCGAGUCGUAGCUCGAAGUCAUCCAUGGUUAAUGCCUUGUUACAAAGCGUGUCGGGGGAAAUCAACAGAUCAAAAGCAAUUCAGGCUCGUCAAGACGCGCUGGAGUCCCCUUCGCGCAAAAAAAGGUCUUCCCAGCCGGUAGCCCAGAUUCCCAGCUCGCCUACCGGACGAAAGACUUCUUCGAGGCCUCCCCCUCCGAUAUUUUCUGCGAAAAGCACACCAACAGUAGAAAAGUUGGAACUAGAAGAAACAUUGGUAGGCAAUUCAUCAGAUUACGGGGACGACGAUUUUGAUGAUGAUACACUUAUGGAACUCGGUGCCAGUAUAGGACAGUCGUGCGGGGAGCCCGUAAAAGAAUCAACGAUACCACUAGCAGAUAUUGGACAAGCUCGGGAUCAGCAGCCCAGCCGAGAGUCUGAGUCAUUCGACGAUGAGUUCAAUGAUAUGGACGACGACAUAAUUGCUGCCGCUGAAGACUUGAUAACACAAAUUGACGAAACCCAUACAAUACCCCAGCCUGGUAUUGCUGCACAGGAAAACCCAACCCCUACAUCUGACCUUGCUGAGGACAUUUACGGAGAUGAUUUUGGGGGCGAUUUUGAUUUCGACGCUGCUGAAAUGGCUGCUACGCAAUCCGCCUCCUCUAAGCAGAUGGAUGGAUCGUUACCUGUAGCCAAUAAGCCCAAGACAAUUCAGAGAUACCUAGUAACAAAGGUUCUUGAAGGCCAGUAUGUCGAUGACUAUGGACGUGAGUCAAUAGAAAAGAUUCUAUUUGUCCAAGUCGACCGAAGUAAUAUUAUGAAAACUGUUCAUCUUCGAGGUGAUUGGGUAGAUACUUCUGCAAGUCCGAAGUCCUACGUCCAUAUAAUCGGCCAGUUUGAACCUACUAGGCAAUGCAUCAUAGAUAACUCCCAGAAUAUCCUUAUCCUCCACCCUGAUCAACUAAUAUCAGCCACGGUUGUAGCAGACAGCUUUACCUGCAUGCGCCGAGCUGUCCUCCAGGAUCGUGUCAGGGCCUCUAGUGACAAGACUCCACCUCUAGUAUACGGAACUUUACUACAUGAGAUCUUCCAGGAAGCGCUUAUGUCCAACAAAUGGACCCCGCAAUUCCUAGACGGUGUGAUUUGUGAUAUUACAGAAAAGCACGUGGAAGAUCUAUAUACGAUCAAGGUUUCUAUUAGCGAUGCCCGCGAACAUCUUAGGUCAAAAAUGCCGGAGUUGAGAAGUUGGGCAUCGGCAUUUGUAACUCGUUUCCCAAAGCCCGAUGCUGUUGUACAAGGUCGAAACGGUGAGAAGGCAAAUAUGUGUGUUACGAAGCUCCUCGACGUUGAAGAGCACGUUUGGUCUCCAAUGUACGGGCUGAAGGGUAACAUUGAUGCCACGGUCCAGAUAACGAUGAAAGAUGGCACUCAAAGACGUACCUUAACGGUACCUUUCGAAGUGAAGACGGGCCAUAAUGCUACAAGUAACCACCAAGCGCAAACAUCCCUAUACAAUCUUCUGUUGUCAGAUCGUUACGAUGUUGAGAUUGCUUAUGGUAUUCUGUACUAUAUGGAAACAUCUCAGACGAUUCGAAUCCCGACAAUCCGUAACGAGCUUCGCCAUAUGAUUAUGCAACGAAAUCAGCUCGCCUGCUAUAUUCGAGAGCGCAGCGUCCAGCUUCCACCCAUGAAGCGAAGCACAAACACGUGCGAUAAAUGCUACGCAAAGGUCUCUUGUUUUAUAUACCAUAAACUUGCAGACAAUGGCGAUCACGAGACGAGUGGGAUGAAGUCCAAGUUUGAUGAAGUUAUUCGGCACCUAACUCCGACCCACCAAGAAUUCUUCUUAAAAUGGGAAGAUUUAUUAACAAAAGAAGAAAAGGAGAGUCAGAAACUACGCCGAGAGCUGUGGACCAUGGUAAGCACAGAAAGGGAGAAGCUCGGGCGGUGCUUUGCCAACGUUAUCAUCGAGGAGGGUUCCGCUCUUGAGGAUGCCAACAACCCAAGAAUCAACCGCUUCCGGUAUACGUUUAUCAAAGAGAGUCCCGCUUCCGGUUUCUCUUUUCUAGACUCUCAGCUCGCGGUAGGAGAACCGAUUGUUGUGUCUGACGAGCAGGGUCACUUUGCUUUAGCAAUUGGAUACGUUACAUCGGUGCGGAAGCAAAAGAUAUGUGUCGCAGUGGACCGUCGACUUCACAACGCUCGUGUACGUCGGCCAGGGUUCGAUGAAUCAAAUAAUCAAGUUUUCGCUAGUAUUAUGGAGGUAGCACCUGAAGGAGCAACUCCUGCUCAAUCUCAGGGUAAGAUUAAAGAAGCACCUCUUAAAUACCGGCUUGAUAAGGAUGAGUUCAGCAGCGGCAUGGCGACUGUCCGGAACAACCUAGUUCAAAUAAUGGCGGAUGGGGUAUUUGGAUCAAGGGAAAUUCGACGUCUCGUAGUUGACCUCGCUCCACCGACGUUUAAAGCAUCAACAACACAAUACACAGUUGCUGACCAAGCGAGCUUGAAUAUUGACCAAAAGAAGGCUAUUGAGAAGGUUAUGGGCGCCAAUGACUACGCACUCGUCUUGGGGAUGCCCGGCACCGGCAAGACUACUACGAUUGCUCAUAUCAUUCGCGCGUUAGUUGGCCAAGGCAAAAGUGUCCUCCUAACCUCGUAUACGCAUUCCGCCGUAGACAAUAUUUUGCUCAAGUUAAAGGAUGACAAGAUGCCUGUUCUACGACUCGGAGCACCAGCAAAAGUUCAUCCUGAUGUGCAAGACUUCGCUAUCCUCGCCGGACAGCCAAUGACUAGCUUCGAGGAGAUCCGAAGCGCUUGGCACGAAACACCAAUCCUAGCGACAACUUGUUUAGGAGUCAAUCACCCGGUAUUCAGUGAACGAACAUUCGACUACUGCAUUGUCGACGAAGCAUCCCAGAUUACAUUACCUAUAUGCCUAGGACCAAUCCGCAUGGCACGUACAUUCGUCCUGGUUGGAGAUCAUAAUCAGUUACCCCCUCUAGUACAGAAUGAGGAGGCUCGUGUCGGCGGCUUGGAUGUCAGCCUCUUUAAACUGCUUUCGGACACACAUCCAGACUCGGUGGUGAAUCUCGAGCACCAGUAUCGCAUGUGUGAAGAUAUUAUGACACUCAGCAACACCCUCAUUUACGAAGGUCGGCUCAAGUGCGGUACGGAAGAACUUCGUCACCAGAAACUUGACAUACCUCACAUAGAGAACUUACGGCAAAAACACCAUAAUGCAGACACCAUAAUGCGUCCCGGUACACCGCGGUCCUUCUGUACCGCAUGGACUAAUGACAGUUGCUGGCUGCGCAACCUUCUGGAUCCUGAGGCUAGGGUCCGCUUCAUCAACACAGACUUCCUACCCUCGUCACGCGAGGAGGCUAAAGGCAAUCGUAUCGUCAAUCCCACAGAAGCGCGCGUUGUGGUGCAGCUGGUCGACGCCCUGCUAGCAACCGGUGUACCAGCAGCCGAGAUCGGUGUCAUGACACACUACCGGUCUCAGCUCUCGUUACUAAAGCACGGGCUACGGGCACACGGUAGUAGCAUUGAAUUACAUACAGCGGACCGGUUUCAAGGGCGUGACAAAGAAGUAGUGAUUUUAAGCCUAGUGCGCAGCAACGAGAGCUCCAACAUCGGUGACCUACUGAAGGAUUGGCGACGUAUCAACGUCGCAUUCACGCGCGCAAAAACUAAGUUACUCGUCGUAGGGAGUCGUGGCACGCUAAAGGGCGCAGGAGACCAAGAGAUGUUGAGCCGUUUCAUUAAGCUUAUGGAAAGUCGCGACUGGGUGUAUGAUUUACCUGCCGACGCGCUCGAGAGCCACUUCUUCGACGAGUCGGGCGCAGGUACACAGAUUACAGCGACUGGAGGUGGCGUUAUAGAUCUUACGAGUCCGCAGAAACAACGUUCUUCUCCGACAAAGAAAGUACCGAAGAAGGGCUUCGUUGGCGGUCGUGCCUCUCAUGCUCUCGACGGGAAAGAGAACCAAUUCCAACACUCAGAGAGCCGAGCCAAGAAAGGCAAGAUCACGGAGAGGGCGCUCCUACGAGGAAACCUUAUCACAAGGGAUAUUUUCAAUGACAUUACAGACGGGCGGUUUUGA